AUGUUUAUGUGUGUCCAUGGUAGCGCCAUCAAUACUCACAGUCUCCUGAUUUCUAACCUAGCGUUGAACACAGACCUGGGUGUCCUGGCUAUGAUGAGCUCACAGCCCCAGAAGGACUCAGAAGGCCUUGACAAUCUUUCAGAAGACACCUUAUCUCCAGAGAUGCUGCAGGAGAUGUUGUGGCUUUUCCGAAGAGAAGACCCAUCUGCAUGGAAUUACUCUAUCCUGGGCCUUUCGGUUCUCGUUCUACUCAUUGGCGUGGUCCUCUUGGGAGCAAAUAUUAGGGCCAACAGAAACCAGAAGAUUCUUCUCCUACGCAAAGACGGCUAUGAAGCCACCCCGCCUGAUGAGAUAGAAACGAAGCAAGCCUUUGUGCUGCUCAACAAAGAGAAUUCGGAUCAAUCUGGAGACAGUUUGCUCCCCAAAGCAUCAAACAUGGGAGAGGUGAUGGUACAGUGGACGGAUGGGAAAAUCUCAUCCCUGUAUCCCGAGGACAAUGAAGCAGAGGCGUAGCACCUAAUAUCCACCUUCUGGCGUUUGUGAACCCUGUGAGGAUUUCUGGACUAUUGACAUUUUGGGACGGUGGGUCUCAAAGCCAAAUUCAUUCGGCGGAAUCGAAAAGCCGGCAAAAAGCAGACGCCAUACUGGCUGCCGUUGAGUUGUACAAGAAAAAGAAUCCACCAAUCCAUUCAUCUACCAGCGGUCUUCACACAUGUUGAACUAGGUUGGCCUAGCUAGCUGCUAGACAGUCACUUGUCUGAGAUGGUAUAGGUCCUCCUGCUGGAGCAGGGGGCUGGACUAGAAGACCUCCAAGGUUCCUUCCAGCUCUAUUCUAUUCUUAUGUCCCACAUCCUCUGAAAUUACAUCUGCCCCAUGACUGAAUUUAUAUUGGUUGAUUGUAAUCACCCCUACUCCUAAUUUUAGGGCUGAAGUAGAUCAGACAAACAAGUUUUAGUUUUUUUUUUUCCUUCUUCUUC